UCAUUUUUUGCAGCUUUAAGUUCCAAACAUUAGAUAAUUAUGUCACCUUUUUUUGCGAAUUUAUAUAGUCCACUGACAUUUGGUGAAACUCUCGUGAUAUCAGGAGUGACAACGAAGGAUGCAAAGAUUUUAAAAGUAAAUUUAACAGAUAGAGAUGAAAAUAUUCCUUUGACGAUUUUUGUAAACCUUCGAAUACUUGAAAUUGUUUUAAAUUCAUUUAUAAACUCAGAAUGGAGGGAAUCAUUAAAAGUUGAUAUAGCGCCAAUCAUGUCAGGAAAACCAUUCAAAAUUUGUAUCUUUGUGACUGAAGAUAAUUUUCAUGUUGCAAUGAAUGAUCAACAUUUGUAUAUUUACAAGCAUCAAGCACCAGUUGAAUUGAUAAAAAGUGUUGAAAUUACUGGGGACAUUCAAAAAAUUACCCAGGUUGAUCAUCGAAGAGUUUACCCAAUGGCUUGGCCUGGAGUUCAACAAGAUUUAACAUAUAAUGAUUUUAGUGCUGAUGUUCCGCAUGAGUUUUGUCCUGGAUCAGUGGUUGUUUUAAAAAUGAUCCUUGAAGGGUCCAAAAAUGGAAGAUUUCAAUUCAAAUUCAAUGAUCUUGGUACAGAACGUCAAAUGUUUCAUUUUAACGCAAGAUUCGAUGAAAAAGCUUUAGUGGUCAACACAAUGAAUACUACAACCGAAUGGUCGAGAGAUGAGAAGAGAUUCCAAAUUCAACCAUUUUCAUUAAAAAAUGAAUUUACUCUCGCAGUCGCUAUAACAAGCUCGUCAUUUCGUGUCGCAAUGAAUGGAAAACAUCUCCUUGAUUAUAAUUUUAAGUUUAUUCGAACACGUCCACCUACUGGCACUGACUAUCAACAUCCAAUUUUUGAACAAUUAACAGGAUUCAAAGUAGUUGGAACUGAUGGAAUGGCGGCAAGAGUUUUCAGCUUUGAUCAUAUUCAGACGAAAGAAGAUUGUGGUGGCGAUAAGAUAAACAAAAUAAAAUGAAAACUCGAUAGAAAUUUUUUAGUAUUUUUCGAUAAGAAUUAAAUCUUUAGAAUUAAGUCAAAGCUUUUGAGUUUGAAACUGUUGUCAGUCAAGAAUUGAAAAGGAAUUCUUUAGGACGUGUAAAAAUUUUGUUGAUUGAAAAUGUUGACAUCAUUUGCGGGAAAUGUUCAUGGGCCAGUAGAAGUUGGACAUAUUAUUCUGGUAUCAGGAAAAACUAUUGAUGGAGCGAUGAAUUUAGUGAUAAAUUUAUCGAAUGGUAAAGUUGGUGAAGUUGACAUUCCAUUUCAUUUCUCUGUACGUUUUCAUAGUGAAAACAUUAUAAGAAAUACUUUAAUGGAACAAGCGUGGGGUGAUGAAGAAAUUGAAGAUAAUUUGAUGGCAUCGCCAAAUCCAAUUAUGUCAGGAUGGGAUUUUAAAGUUUAUAUUCUAACCGGUGACGACCGUUUUCAUGUCAGUGUAAAUGAUCAACCGUUCUGCACUUACAGCUAUCGAAUGCCACUCGACACUAUCCGUGCAAUUCAAGUGUUGGGUGAUUUACAGAAAAUUUAUCAAGUUGAUCAUCGUCGAGCUUAUCCAUCUCCAUGGCCAUUUGUGCAACAAGAUAUAAGGAAAGGACAAGAAAUAAGUUUCGAUACUCCACGACAAUUCUUCCCUGGACAUUUAAUGGUGAUCAGUGCCAUUCCAUCUGGUAAUCCCAAUGGUACAAUGAUCUUUAAAAUGACUGAAGGUUCGACUAAGCGUCAAAUGCUGCACAUCAGCUGCAGGGUUCAUCAACGACUGACAAUCGUCAACAUGAUGACCGAAUCACAUGAAUGGCGUCAUGAGGAACAACACGGAUUCCCAUAUGAGAUUGAUCAAAUGUUUAAAAUGGCAAUUGGAUUUACUGAAACUGCUUAUGUUGUUGCAGUAAAUGGAGAAAGAUUGUUCACUUAUGACUAUCGUUUUAGUAAUUCAUUCCUUGACACACUUAUGUCAUUCAGAGUACAAACCAGCAAUGGAAUGCAAGUUGAAGUUCAAGGGAUUGAUCAUAUGGACAUGGGAAUGAGCGAUUGUGAAGGCUUCGAGACAUUCAGUCAUCCAGAUGUUCAAAUCUUUUAAAUUCGUUCUUAUUUCUACUUACAUUUCCUGGUGCGGUGAUAUCGUUGCAAAAAUAGCAACCAAGUCGACAACCCGAAAUACAUUUUAAACCCGGCACAUUCAUAUCGUCAUCAUUAACUUCGUUCAAAGACGCACCACCAUGUCGCAUCACCAAAUAACUAUCAAAACCAAGCGCUGUUGUUAUCACAAUCUAAUUGAUAAAAAUAAAUAUUUUUUCUUUACGUUUUAAUCCAAUUAA